CCAACCAAACCUCUUCAACAAUGGUCUUCAAGAUGGUAGCCCUCUUCGCCCUGGUGGCAGCCGCGAACGCGGGACUCCUGACAGCCCCAGUGGCUUACACCGCCCCGGUGGCGAAGACCAUCGACGACGAGUACGACCCCCAUCCGCAGUACAGCUACGCCUAUGACGUGCAGGACGCCCUCACCGGAGACUCGAAGAACCAACACGAGACGCGCGACGGCGACGUCGUCCAGGGCAGCUACUCCCUCCUGGAGGCCGACGGCACCCGCCGCACCGUCGACUACACCGCCGACCCCGUCAACGGAUUCAACGCCGUCGUCCACAAAGAGCCCGCCGUAGCCGCUGCUCCCGUCGUGAAAACCGUCUCUCCAGUUACCUACGCCGCUGCUCCGGUUGUGAAGACCGUCGCUCCUGUGGCUUACUCCGCUGCAGCUCCGGUGGCGCACUACGCCGCCGCCCCGGCAGUGGCGCACUACGCCGCCGCCCCGGCAGUAGCGCACUAUGCCGCCGCCCCGGCAGUGGCCUACACCAAGUACGCCGCACCGGUCGCGCAUGCGCCCUUCGCAUACGCCGCCGCCCCCGUCGCUAAGUUCGCCGCCCCUCUGUCUUACGCCGCCCCCGCAUACUACCACUGAAUCUCUACCCUCCCUAUUUAUUCCGGUCUGAUAUAAAU